AUGUCGCUCAAAUCUGACGAUGGCGCCGAUGUGCCUUUGCCCUCCAUAGAAAAUGAUACCGUCGACGAUGAUCAGCCAAUGUCAGAUGGUCAAGAGUACGAGGCAGACGCAGACUCUGAACAAGACGAGAUCGGUCCGAUGGAUAAAGACGGGUGGUAUCCCAUCGAACGCUCGGGCCGGAUGGAUACUCGAUUCCGAGCCGUCGACUUUGACUCGGGUUGGCUGAUACAGAUUCCCGGCUCAGUCGACGGUAUUGAAGGCAGUCUGAACUUUGACAUUGACCGGAAGUUUGAUGAAUGUGAAGAGGAGGCGUGGAUGAACGAAGCGGAUGAUAGAGUCAUGAAGGGUGAAGACAGCGAGGAGUAUUAUGACAAUAUCAAGGAAGCAGUGCAGGAUACAUAUUGGGAGGUCAAUAGAGAGUCACAGAGGCCGACGGAGAAUGAAAUUGAAGAGAGUUUGAGAUCGUUCCAUAGGCUCGUGCUUGCUCCUCCUGAAUGGGCGGGCGAUAUGGGUUACUAG